GAUUGAAAGAUGAUUACAUCUAGUCGGCUUUAUGGAAAUAUCCAAACUGUCAAAUGUGUGACAACCAGCCUGAUCUCCCCUACUCGCACAACGCGCGCGCACACACACGAGAGAGAGAGAGAGAGAGAGCAGGGAGGAAGAGAGAUGGAAUGAUAAAAAGAAAUGAGAAGGGAAAGAAAAAGAACAAGAAAAGACUAAAUUUAAACUGUAAAAAUACAAUUACUGACGGAUUCGCUUCGACAGUCGCGAAGAAAGAAACGAGCCAAAGCUUCGACCAGUGUUUCAUGAAACCGCGGUGAUGAUGAAGACAUUGGUUCAGGAGAUUAAAACGAUGAGUUGAUUUUCAUGAUUCUGUCUGUGAAUUUACCGUGUCGUCGACUGGAAACAAACUCUGAAGAUACAUGUCGGUGGUCGAACAGAAGAAUGCUGCUCCUUCUGCCGUCCGUAUAAUAAGUUUUCUGGCUGAGAUAAAGGAAGCCACCUGUGUUUUUGGGUCUCAUUUUGGCUGACAGCAGCUGAACGACAAUUUGAAGAGACACUGAGGGUUGCAUGCAUCAGUUCCAAGAAAUUUCAUUACGUGGGAGACUUGUGCCGAGGAGAGACAGAGCAAUUUCUGGAGGAUGGAAGAGCGCGCUGAGCAAGACUGCACGCAGGACAAUGGACUCAGCGAUGCUGCAUCCAGAGAGGCGCGUGCUUCUUCUGGCUCCAGCCUGAAGAUGUUUCUGGUGGCUUUGUCCUUUGCCUAUUUUGCAAAGGCUCUGUCAGGGAGCUACAUGAAGAGCACAAUAACUCAGCUGGAGCGGCGCUUUGACAUCCCCAGUUACCUAAUAGGCGUCAUUGACGGAAGCUUUGAGAUAGGUAAUCUGUUGGUGAUAGCGUUCGUCAGUUACUUUGGAGCCAAACUCCAUCGGCCAAAGAUCAUUGCAGCAGGUUGUGUGCUGAUGUCCAUCGGGACCUUCAUCAUUGCUCUGCCUCACUUCAUCAUUGGGCCUUAUGACUACGGAACAUCAGUGAGGUGGCUCAUAAACUCAACAGUUAACCCAUCACCCUGUCCGAUGGGGUCAUCAGCAGACCUGAGCCAAGACAGCGAUCCACCUGAAGUGGCAAGAACAGGUUGUGAAGGAGAGUCCAAUCUGUCCAUGUGGAUUUAUGUGCUCUUGGGAAAUGUCCUUCGGGGGAUUGGAGAGACUCCUGUUCAACCUCUAGGGAUCUCUUAUAUAGAUGAUUUUGCUAUUGAGGAAAAUGCUGCACUCUAUGUAGGCUGUGUGCAGACUAUUUCUGUGGUCGGCCCCGUGUUUGGCUACCUGUUAGGAUCCCUAUGUGCUAAAAUCUAUGUGGACAUCGGAUUUGUACCAAUGGAAAGCAUCACCAUCACACCAGCAGAUGCCCGCUGGGUGGGAGCAUGGUGGCUCGGCUACCUCAUCGCAGGAGUCAUCACUCUGCUGUCUGCCAUCCCGUUCUGGUUUCUGCCCCGCUCGCUGCACUUCUCGGGGCCCCGUGGGCCAGCAAAGUGCACUGCAGAGCAGAAAUGUUUCCUGAGAGACUCUACCGCGCCAAAGUACAAGUGUCCUGUGGAUGAACGCACUGGUUUUAUAGAGAUGGCCAAAGAUUUCAUUCCAACCCUGAGAACUCUUCUGGGUCAUCCUGUGUAUUUGAUCUACCUGUGUGUGACGAUUAUCCAGCUGAACUCUCUCAUUGGCAUGGUCACCUACAAGCCAAAGUACAUCGAGCAACACUUCAGGCAGUCUGCUUCAAAGGCCAACUUCCUGAUGGGUGUGAUCAACAUCCCUGCUGUAGCACUGGGGAUGUUUUGUGGUGGUCUUCUGAUGAAGAGGUUGAAGUUGAACAUCAUGGGUGCAGCCAAAUUUGCAUUUGGUACAUCUUUGAUUGGUUAUAUCCUGUCGCUGUUCUUCUUCGCAAUGAGUUGUGAGAAUGCCAAGGUAGCCGGAGUAACACUUUCAUACAACCGGAUUGAUGGGAUAUCAUAUGAACAACAGUCACUCUUCACAGAUUGUAACUCAGACUGUGUUUGUCCAGCGAGUGACUGGGAUCCAGUCUGUGCACAGAAUGGAAUCACAUACGUUUCUCCAUGUUUAGCUGGAUGCACCGGCUCUGUGGGCUCAGGGAAAAACACAAUCUUCUCUAACUGCAGCUGUGUCGGCGUUGCUGGUAACUUCACGGCUCAUGCGGGUCAGUGCCUCCAGAAGGACGACUGUGACAGGAUGUUCCCCUACUUCCUCGCUCUCUCCGUCGUCACUUCCUUUAUCAUUUCCCUCGGAGGGACACCAGGCUACAUGCUUCUCAUCAGGUGUAUCAAGCCACAGCUAAAGUCGCUGGCUCUGGGCUUCCACACUCUGGCAACACGCACACUUGCAGGGAUUCCAGCUCCCAUCUACUUUGGAGCCAUCAUUGACACCACGUGUCUCAAAUGGGGCCAGAAGCGGUGCGGAGGAAUCGGAGCCUGUAGGAUCUACAACACCGCCGCCUACAGGAUAGCGUACCUGGGUCUGACUCUGAGCCUGCGGACCAUCUCCUUUGUUCUGUGCAUCCCGGGCUUCAUUCUCCUCAGGAGGCAGCUGAAGGAAGAGGAACGAAACGGCGUCCACGGAGCGCUGGUCAACGGCAGGACAGAGCUGAAAGCACUCAGGAAGGAGGAGCUAGUAAUCUCUAAUUAUGACCAAUCACAACGAACGUCAGAGAACAGCACAGACAGAGAAACGCGGCUGUGACGCAUGGAGCAGAACCUCACAGACAAACAGCUGAGCCCGUACACACACAGUCUGUACCAAAAUAAUACUGUGUAUACACACAAAUACAAUUUGCAGGGAAUUACACUUUAUGUCUGAUCACCUCAUACGAUGCAGAAAUUCUAUAUUUGUACUACUGAAGCUGUGCAGAUGUGAAUUUUACAGCAUUUUAAUAUAAGAAGACCAUUUCUUUGAAUGUGCAGACAGUCCUCAUAAAGUCUGUAACAAUAUAUUACACUUUUGACAGUGGCACAAUACAUUAGACUGGUAAUAUGACGAGUACCGAUUACUGCAUAACUGGUAUAAUGGAACACCAGCAUUUUUUUUUAAGUUGCCUCUUUGGAUUUUUAGUUGAAAUGAUGACUUCCCUCUGACAUCAUUG